UGCGAGAGUAGACUUUUGGUGUCACUGUUUAAACUUUAACCUCGUCAAAAAAAUCGUGCAACAAUAGGAGCAAAUCAUUGUUGGAAGUAUUAUUACAUUUGAUAUUGAGUAAGAUUUGCUUUAACAACGAGUCAUGGUGAUCGACAUAAUUUCUGGCCAAAUCUAAAUGAUUCAAUGAAACCAAAUCAACUUCAAAUAAUUCCAAAUUCAAUAUAGAAUUUACUUUGAUUAUCCCUUAAUUUGAAGAAUAGUUUGAGAAUAAUAAAAAAUAGGAUUCGAAUUAUGUGCUAGAAUAAGAAUUAAAGUCAAGGGGUGUGCAUAACUCAAAAAUUCACUUUAAAGUUCGUUUGAUCAUGAAAAUCAUAAUUUUUUAAAGUUGAAAUUGAAGUUAUGUUUAAUCAUAAAUAAAUUGAAGUUGUUGUUCUUUUAAUUUUGUGAGAGAAGAAAAAGUAAAAAAAAAAAAAAAUUGUAAUUAUAUUUUAAAUUUUUAACUGUUUUGACAUCCGAAAAAAUAUUCCUCAUCGCCAAACGGUCACUGGAAAGGAUAGUGCACGUUUUCAUUCUUCUAAAAACAACGAUGCCCUCUCCUUUAUAAGGGUCGGCCUCGGAGACAAGCAAAAACUUGUUCCAAAAUCUAUCCGCAUCUACUCCAAGCUUCUCCUUAUCUGUCGGGCAAGGUCAAAUUAGGAAUCUCUCUUGUGCAUGUAAAUCUUAAUUAUGUUGAAAGAUUAGAGAGUGCACACCAACUGUUUGAUCAUUUUCCGCAACAUCUCAUCCAUGCAAAUGAUGCUUCUCACUCCACCAGUUAAAAUCCAACAACUCCAAAGCAAUAAGUGCAACAUUUUCCCUCUCCACUCAGACUUCUUACCUGGUAAAAGCAGAAGAGACAAAACAUUCACUAAAUUCACCAAUAAACGAACCACUACCUCUAUUACUUGCUCUCACAAAUUGGUUCGAGAUCGGAAGUUGGACAAUCAUGUUGUGAAGAACAACAAUAUUAGGUUUGUACAGAAGCUUAAAACUCUGCUACUUUCUAAACCAAAGCAUUUCAUGCCAAUCAGUGUUCUCUCAAAAUGUCGCAGCUAUUUGACCCUUUCUAAACCUUGCUCUAUUCUUUCAAUGAUUCAUCGUUAUCCAACAAUCUUUGAGCUCUUCACUAUACCAACACCGCCGACACCGUUCAACGCUACGAAACCACUUUCUCAGCUGUGUGUUCGACUCACUCCGGCUGCUGCUGCCCUGUUUCGUAAAGAAUUGGAACUGAAAUCUGCCGCUUCAGUUUUCUUGGCUGCUAAGUUACAGAAGCUUCUAAUGCUUACGACACAUCAUAGGGUAUUGCUCUCCAAGCUAGUUCACAUUGCCCCUGAUCUUGGUUUGCCUGUUAAUUUCCGAUCUCGCCUUUGCAAUGAGUACCCUGAUAAGUUUCGUAUUGUGGACACUUCUUACGGUCGUUCUCUUGAUCUUGUUUCUUGUGAUCUAACUCUAGCUAAUGCUUUACCAUCUCGUGAAGUUGACCAUGUUUCACUUGGAUUGAUUGUAGAUAGGCCAUUAAAGUUCAAGCAUUUAAAACUUCGAAGGGGGCUUAAUUUGAAGAGACGGCAUGAGGAGUACCUUAUAAAGUUCAAAGAACUACCGUAUGUGUGUCCUUAUAAGACAAAAGUGAAUGGUUUCUAUAAAGAGUCAACUAAUGCCGAGAAGAGGGCUUGUGCUGUGGUGAGAGAAGUUUUGGGGAUGAUGGUUGAGAAGAGGACUUUGGUUGAUCACUUGACACAUUUUAGAAAGGAGUUUGGCCUGCCAAACAGAUUAAGAGCUAUGCUAAUAAGGCACCCUGAGUUGUUCUAUGUGAGUAGGAAGGGACAGAGAGACACCGUCUUUCUGGUAGAAGGCUAUAGUGAUGGAGGCAAACUUUUGGAGAAGGAUGAAAUGCUAGUCGUGAAAGACCAGCUGAUGAAGCUUAUUUGGAAGGGGAAGCAAAUUAGAAGAGAAAAAAGGAACGCUUUUGCCAAAGGCGAUGUGAAUGAGUAUUUCAAUGAUGAGGAAGUUGAAGACAACGACGACUACUUUGAACACUCUGAUGGUUUAGAUAAAUUGUUUGAACUUGGAGAUGGGAAUGACACCGAUGAUGAUGAUGAUGGAGAUUUUGGAUUUGAGGAUGGCUCCGACUGUGAUGAAAGCACCAAAUUAUGGGCUAUUCAAGACGAAACACAGUUCUGGAAUAGUUCUGUGCAAAUUGAUACCUGUCGAGAUUCACCACCUUGGUAGACUCGACUCUCUCGUGUAGCACUACCCAUUCUGGUGAUUGCUACUUAGGAUGGUUUGGUAUAUUAUUGUAUAAGCAUAAUGUAAAAUAUAGUGCAUACUAAAUGACUGUAUUUGUAAUGCUUGUGUUAGAUAUGCUUGCAUUAGCUAUGU